UACGUUAAACGCAAAAGCCGAUUGUCACGUGAUUAUCAUAUGACUAGAAGAAAUGGAGAGUGCACCGUUGAUAUUCCUUCUCUUAUGGACAUAUAUUGCUUGUCCCGUAGUUCCGAUGCCACUCCAUGCCAGCUGUAAGGCGGAGUGGAAUUUUUCAGCAGAUUGCAUGGCUAUAGAGAAUCGCCUUGUUACAAUAAUCAACCAGUGGGGUGGCCCUGACAACUGUAAGAAUGGUGGAGAGAGAUGUCUGUACAAGUUGAAGACAAAAACAGACACAGAGAUUACAGCAACUCAUGAAACACCUAAGAAACAUUAUGUAGAUGAUUUGACCUUCACCUUCAUAAAAACGUCAGAUAAUGCGUGCACAGUGAAGGGUUUUUCAACUUCUGAGACAUGGUAUGCUCUUCUUGAUCAAGGAACAAACUACUGCAAUCUCCAUAACCUUAUUACAGGAGCAGACUUGGACAAACUACCUGGAUACAAGGAGACAACAAGUAAUUCAGUGUGUACACAGUACACCAAGGCUGACUGUGAUAAAUAUUGAACUAUUUAAGCAUAGACAGAUUAGCAAUGACACUCUCAACUGACAAUUCAUCAACCUUUCUUGAACAAUAUUAUAGUGUGUGUUUGUGUUCAAUGAGUGCAUGCAUGUGUGCCUUUGUGUGUGGUUAUAUUUUGUAAAAAAAAAAACGAUCUGAUGCCGUGGUUUAGUCAUCUAAUGACUUACAGAGGGUUACUAUGAAUAUUAUAAUUUAUGGUAUCUGAUCCACAAUUAGGUAAAAUUUCGAUUCCUGAUGACUCCAUGUUUUUUGUAUCAUUCUGCUGAACAAGAAUUAGUAAAUAUUAUAACCAUAAAUAAUAUGCAAGAAUCAUUACAUUCAUAUUUUUGACUGUGAAAUGAUAAAACUUACACUGUAAUAGAUUUCUGUUGAAGAAUCACUGAAGAUUAAAAAGUAAAAAAAAAUCAAAAUUCUAUAACAUAUUUUUGUCGUAAUUUAUAUUUUCUUUUUCAGUAGGCAUUACACUUUCAAAUGAUACCAAAUUAUAUGAGCUUACCAGGCAUCAAUAUUUGAUAUAUUUUAUAACACUGUUAUAAGAACUUGCUUAUUUCCUUAAACAUGCAUUUCUGUGAACUCAUUAAUAUUGAUAGGGUACUAAUUUUAUAGAUUGCACAAAUCCACGAAACAAAAUCCAAAUGUAAGUUUCCAUUCUUACCAGUGGUAAUCGACAAAUUCAUAUCCAAAUGAAAUAGUCGUUUUGGACAGAACACAAAAUUUAAUAUCCAAGAAAUCAAAUGAUUUUACAGUAUUUCAGAAGUCAAAUCACUAUUACUAAUUCCUAUU